UUCAUGACAUUGAUAAACGCGAGGGUCUUGCAUUUGGAAGGUCUGGUCCACAGUUCUGUUGUAAACUUGGUGAUCUAAGAGACUGGAUUUCAAAGAACGAGAACAGAUCAUAUCUGAACUUUAUUGAAGGCUGUGGUGAAGCUUCAUCUUGGCUGAACUUCGCUCGCAGGUAAUUGCGUGAUUGAUAUGCUGAAAAAAUCCACCGCCUCUCGGUUACGACUUACCUUUGUUUGAAGAACUUCCGGUCGAGUGGAGCUCUUUGUAACGAAGGUCCUUACGCACUGAAACAAAGGCCUCCUGAUGCUAAUGUCAUAAUUAGGCAACCACUGAGUCGAUCAAGUAUUGUGUGAGCACUGUUGGGUUAAACGAGACGAAGGAGCGAAGGAGUCAAACUGUAUAAAAAGAUAUCAAAGCCGACUGAAAUAUAUUUUUAUUUGAGUCGCUUUGUCAUUCCCAGGAAAACAGAUCAAGGUCGCCUGUAGUUCUCCCGUUUGCUGUGGCCUUAUGAUGGCGUUCGGAAUUCACUCGCUGGGUCGAGGUGAACCUGAAGACGCCUGAUCCCGGCGAAAUUAAUCUACAGCGUUUUGCAUGAGGUCUGUUUGAAUGGCGAUCAAUGUUUGAUGGCGGUAGAGACAGCCAUAACUAUACACGAGAACCCUUUGGAAAAGACCAUUGUUUGGGAGAAAAGGAGUGUGGAAUACGACUCAAAACAUCGGAUACGACCACACAACACUGUUGGAAAAGUUGAGACGAUUGUGAGUAAAGAUGAAUAUCACUCUGACUAUUGUGUUAUCGCAGCGGCCACGAAGCGAGAGACGAGCACUACACCUCGUCAGCCGAUCUUAGUAGCGGAUCGUGACAUGCGGUUAAGUUUAUCGACUCCCGCCACUAACCGAACGUUCAAUGCAUUUGUUAGGAGGCACACGGGAGGAACUAUACGAAAUACACAGACACAGGUUGUAACUUCACAGCCGAGACCCACAUUACGGGCAGCAUCGGCGCAAAUAUCACGAUCGACUUGUCGAAGUAGUAAUGUACUCCAAAGCAAACAUUAUGAAGAUGAAGAUGUCAAAAUUUUUUGCUGUAACCGGGACGUGGACGUGUUAAUAGACUAUGCAAGUUGUAUGUGCGGGGUCAAAGCGGUGUUGUAUCAUUGUUCGAAGGAUUCGUUUGAUGAAGGCAGUUUGGCAGAGCACCCGUGCUCAUGUGGUCCCCCAAGUAAAUCUUGUUUCGGAAGAUGGGGUUGCUUGGCGGCUUGCUCUUUAUUUCUGCCGUGUCUUUUUUGCUAUUUACCGCUGAAAGGAUGUUCUGAGAUGUGUUUUUGCUAUAAAAGACAGAGGAAAGACAUGAAUUGGCAAAGAAGACCCAAAGAUCCUGUCUAACUGUGCCGCAUUGGUGCAGGCCAAGAAUAAUUUAUAAUUUUAGCUAAGCGGGGUCGUAUCGAGCCCUCGAAUUGAAAUUUGUCUAUCAAAUUCAUAUGCCUUAUUUAUACCUUCCUUGUAAAUAUCAAAUUUGUUCAAAGGAGGCCCUCUGUUAAUAAUUAUUAUAGUGGUCGUCGCGUAAUUACGCGAAGCUCUCGAGGGAAAAAUUAAUGCCAUUUAGCUUCUGUUGUGUAAGGCAUUGCCCUGGAAGCCGAACUGAUGUUUUCACGUGAGGAAAGCGUUUUCCUGUUGCUCGCUUAGGGGCCUAUCUGUGGAAUCUUCCCUAAUGAGAAAGACAUAGACACUAAUUUCAUAACUGAAAACUAUGUACAUGAAUUUUUUUUUAGCUAAAAAAUUAAAAAAUUCUUGUACAGUUGGUAGAUCCGUUUAUAAGGUUGGUAUCCCCGGGAGUAUACAUGUCUCUAACAUUUGCUCCCGAGAGACGGAUUUUAUUAUUCUUUUAACGAUAUUCUGCAUUUUUCGAAUCCACAGUUUACAUAUGCAAGGUCAGAAUUUACAUUUAAAGCAGUAUCGACGGGCUACGAUGGCAAACUUAGAGUAGUAAUAUCAAUAUUUAGGAAGUUAUUUGAAUCUUUGGAAAGGACCCGCAGCAUGUGAAAGCUUAUGAAAGGAUACCUCUUGUUAUGACGGAUUUCGAGGUGAUUUGGGUCAGUUUCUCAGUUAGAUAUUUUCUUUCAAUAUAUAACUCCAGAGAAUUAGUGUGUCUCUUUUACAUUUAAAAAUUGUAAAGAGACGUGAUCUAACUACAACCUGACAGAUUCCUGUAAGCACCGAUAACACAGUGCGGCUGAUGUUCUUGACUGAAUACAUGUGACAAAAGAUCAUGACCUUGGUUUUAGCAAGAUGGAUUUUCUUUUUGAGAAGCUAAGGCUUUCGGUUCGCAAACUCAACCCGCCUUCUAAUGCUUUAAUGAGACGAUGAGCAGUCAAGUAUUUUAUUUCAAAAGUUGAUGAUUUGUCCACCGCGCGGUCAGUCCUUCAGCUCACUUUCAAUUAAUAACUCUGCCCAAGUGUAAAUGUUUGUUAUCGCUAUUCAAGUGAUUUCUUUGUCGCAAAGAGCUAAACAAGUCUUAUAAACUUUCGCUUAAAAUUGGUUUGAAACUAAAGUGAUUGCCUUUGAGACGACUUGUGACUAAACAAAUUCGUGGCUUAUAAACCGAUUAAUCGUGGUUAGAAUUUCUCUCACAACUGUCAAAUUUUAAGAACAAGGAGAAAAUUGAGUAAGGACUGAUAGAAGUGUAUACAUUACGCAAGAACGUAAGCUCUUCGUUUCGUUCGAAAUACUACUUAAAGUUAUCGUGAUUUGCGGUUUUUCAUCGAUCCAUAUUUUAUGACACAUGUGUUCAUGGUACACAAUGCCGAAUGAAGGACAAAAAAUGAUGAUUGAUUUGCCUAAUUACCCUGAGUUUUCCUCCCGUUUGGCUUGAGUCAGAACACCAAACUUGGAACAAUAUGCCGGACAAGUUUGUAUUAACGUUGACAUUCGGCGGAUUUUUCUCUCGUUAUGACGUUGUACCUCGUUUUAAUUACACUUACAUAGAGCUGUAGAAAUUUUGAUAUUCUUCAGUUGAUAGAAUUUGCAUUGUAAUUUGUAUGUUCAAACAAAAGCGCAGUCAGUUUGCGCUCGGUGUUGAUACACACACGACAAAAACGUUUUUCCGUGAGUUCAUCGAGGAGUUGGUUUAGGAAUCUUUUAAUGAUCCUGUCGCUUUC